AUGUUCAAGGUCCAGACGUGGUUCCUUCUCCUGGUUCUCUGUGCUGGGAGUUUGGAGGCCUGGUUUUGGAGCUCAAAUUUAGAAACGGCCACGGAGAACCCGUCAGAAACACCGACAGCAGCCGGGUCAACAGGUGCCACCACCACCACGACACCUGGAGGCACAAAGAAGAAAGAGGAGGAGGAGGAGGACGAUGAUGACAAUUUAUCCGGGGUUGGGGAAGAAAUCAUCAACGUUGCCACCGGAAUCCGUAAGUUAGUCGAGGCGUGGGACGAGAGCCCGAGCCCGAGCCCGACUCCGAGCCUGAGCCCGAGCCUGAGCCCGAGCCUGAGCCCGAGUCUGAGCCCGAGUCUGAGCCCAAGCCCGAGCAACGGGACUACUAACGGAAGCCUGACACAGAAGGUGGAGCCCGCUAACCCUAACACAACUGGUAAUACAGACCGGGUCGGAGGGGUGAGGGUGGAGGAGGGGUCUGGGGAUUAUUCUGGGUCAGAUCUAGAAUCAGUGAAGCUCUUGAAAGGCCUUGACGGUGGCAAAGUCCUGCCUAGCAAUUUAACAGAGAUUAUAGAUGAUGUCUCUAAAAUAAAUGGGACUCUUGAGGGCGUUUCGGAUUCAACGCCAACCCCCUUUGAUAGCCGCAUCAAUGUUUCCGACCCCACUUGUCUCCCGGUGCCUUCAGAUUGGCCCAUUUGCUCGGGCAAGCAGCCAAAGUUUUUCACUCUGCCCAACUUUCUCAACCACACAUCUGUGGAGGAAGUAGGCGCGGUCCUACAAGAGUGGGCGUGGUUGACGAAGGCGGGGUGUCACCACAGCGUCGAGUGGUUCCUCUGCCUCCUGCUGGCGCCCAGGUGCCCAUCACCUGCCGCGCCCACUCACCGGCCCUGUCGCAGCUUCUGCCAUGUGCUGCAGGACAGCUGCUGGGCGUCCCUGGAAAACGGGCGGCUCCCGGUGGAGUGUCACCUUCUGCCCGAAAGUGAGCAGGAGCCCGGUUAUCCUUCGUGUGUGUCAGUUAGUAACUGGAAAGAGCAGAGUGGUGUCUCUUUGCUCCAGCUAAUCGGAGACCCACUACCAGAUGAGAUCAGCACCACCUACGGCCCAAGGGGGCAGACCUCCUAUAUCUUCAGUGCUUCGGCGAUGUCCGGCCAGCCGGCUCUGGCUCACGUCCCCAACCCUUUCUACCGCCACUUCUCUCUCAUCUUCUACAUCAAGCCCUACUCCUCCGCUGCCUCGGUCCUCUUCUCCAUCACGGACCAAUCCCAGAAGAUCAUGUACAUCGGGGUCAAGCUCAGCGAGGUGCAGUCGGGCCGUCAGAAGGUGCAGCUUUACUACACCGAGCCCGAUUCAGAGGGCUCGUACGAGGCGGCCAGCUUCAGCAUCCCGAGCGUGGUGGACAGCUGGACUCGCUUCUCGCUGUCGGUCUUUGAGGAGCAGGUGACUUUCUACCAAGGCUGCGACUCUGAGCCACAGGUGGUGAAGUUUGAGCGUUCCCCAGAUCCAAUGGAGCUCGACGCGGGGUCGGGGGUCUUCGUGGGUCAGGCAGGAGGAGCCGAUGCUGAUAAGUUUGUGGGUGAGAUCGUAGAGUUGAGAGUGGUGGGAGAUCCUCGCGCCGCUGAGCGAUUGUGUGAUGACGAGGACGACUCUGACGCUGCUUCUGGUGAUUUUGGAAGCGGAGACGGUGAAAGGAGAGUAACGGGUCACACAGUUAAGACCACUCCCCCUUCUUUGAGGCCGGUGCCUGAACCCCCGCUGAAAGGAAGCCGAUAUGAAACAGACGACAGGUAUCGAAGGCCAUCAGUGGACUACAGCCAGCCUGGAAUACCGGGCCCAAGAGGUCCCGAUGGUGCUAGAGGUGAGAAGGGUGACAGAGGAGAGAAAGGCUCACAGGGAGACAGAGGUCUCCAGGGGCCGAAGGGAGACUCCGGUUCUUCUUCUGGUUCCAGUUCUUCCUCAGGUGGAGGAGGACAGAAGGGAGAAAAAGGUGCAAAGGGUAAUUCUGGCUUUGGAUACCCCGGUAAUAAAGGCGACCGAGGGGCUACAGGACCUCCCGGGCCUCCUGGUCCUGCUGGACCUGCAGCUGAGGUGGUCAGACUUGGGGAUGGUGCUGUUGUGCAGCAGACGGCUGGACCUGCCGGACCUCCAGGACCAGCAGGGUCCGAUGGGCCUGCAGGACCUCGAGGAACUGAUGGAGAGCCUGGCGAUCCAGGAGAGGAUGGAAAAGCUGGUCCUGUUGGGCCGCCAGGAAUCCCAGGAAGUCCAGGAAAUCCUGGUUCUAGAGGCGAGAAGGGUGAUCGUGGAGAAGGUCAUCCUGGACCCAGGGGUCCCCCAGGUCCACCAGGACCUCCCGGGCCUGGCAGCGGUGACCGUCCAACAUUUGUUGACAUGGAAGGAUCCGGAUUCCCAGACUUCCGCUCUGUCGGAGGUCUUCCAGGUCCCCCAGGCCCUCCAGGACCCCCAGGCCCUCCUGGUAUUUCAGUGGCACAGGGAUCCGAUGGUCCAGUAGCAUUUGGACCACCUGGACCACCUGGGCAGGAUGGAGCCCCUGGUCUACCAGGGCCUCCCGGUCCCCCUGGUCUACCAGGUCAACCAGGACUCGGAGGACCGAAGGGCGACAGUGGUGAGCUCGGUCUUCCAGGAGCAGCCGGGGAAAAGCAAGACGAGCAAGACAGCAACUUUUUCACCAACAUGUUCUCUUACUUUGCUCCAUCUGCUACGGGUUCUCGAGGUGACACAGGACAGGCAGGUACAGCAGGGGAGGGUGGGCUGGCAGGACUUCCAGGUCCCAUGGGACCAGUUGGACCUCCAGGACCUCCCGGGCCACCAGGACCACCGUACGGCUUUGGCCAUCGUGACCAUGAAGGACAUGAGGUGAUAAAUGGCUUGCCUGGACACAGAGGCCUACCUGGACCACAGGGUCCACCAGGCAUUGCAGGCCUUCCAGGUAGACCAGGUUUACCAGGCACCCAUGGAGACAAAGGAUCAGAGGGACCGAGAGGACCGCCUGGGAUUCCUGGUGUGGACGGAUUCCCUGGACAGGCGGGUGCAAAGGGAGACGGUGGACAGAAAGGAGAAAGCGGUCAGCCGGGACGAGAUGGCGGCCCACCUGGACCUCCAGGGCCUCCCGGACCUCCAGGACAGAUCGUCUACCAGCCGGGCAGCGAUGGGGGAGCAAGAACUCCAGGUCGAGCAGGAUUCCCGGGACCAAUGGGACAAAAAGGAGAUAAAGGGGACACUGGUCCUGCAGGAUAUGCACCGAAGGGGGAGAAAGGAGAGCCUGGUGUCAUCGUCGGGCCUGAUGGACAACCAAUGUUUCUGGGUGGCCUGCAAGGAAAGCAGGGUGACAGUGGACCUCCUGGCCCAGAAGGACCUCCAGGUCCAUAUGGUCCUUCGGGCCCGAAAGGAGAGAUUGGGUUUCCAGGUAGACCAGGUCGACCAGGGCUGAAUGGCGUCAAAGGAGAGAAGGGAGAUUCAAGUGGCGGAUCUGGAUAUUAUCCUGGUCCUCCAGGUCCACCGGGCCCACCUGGACCUCCUGGACCUUCUUUUCCCACCGACAGACACACUGGAUAUGACGAUUACUCUAGGUAUCACUCAGCUGCUAAAGGGGAGAAAGGUGACCGUGGCGUACCAGGGAUACCUGGCAUACCAGGCGGCGGAUCAAACUUUGAUGUAUACGCUUUUAGGAAUGAGUUGAAGGGUGAACGUGGCAGUGAAGGCUCGAAAGGAGAGAAAGGAGAACCAGGUGGAGGAUAUUAUGACCCCCGCUAUGGAGGAACUUCCUCAGGACUGCCAGGACCUCAAGGCCCCAAAGGUGACUCCAUUGUCGGCCCUCAUGGUCCACCUGGUCCACCUGGUCCACCAGGAAGAGGCUAUGAUGGGCCACCUGGACCACCAGGGCCACCUGGACCCCCAGGAUCGGGGACCUAUAGGGGCACACAGACUAUCAGUAUUCCUGGACCACCAGGACCACCUGGAUUACCUGGACACUCUUCAGGGGUGACAGUGAUGAGGUCUUACGACGCCAUGACAGCCACUGCUAGAAGACAACCCGAAGGCUCUCUGGUCUACAUUAUAGAUCAAACAGAUCUCUACUUACGAGUCCGAGAUGGAGUUCGUCAAGUCCAGCUCGGCGGCUACAUUCCUUUGCCCAGUCCAGAAGGUAAUGAUGUUGCAGCAGUGGAGCCCCCACCAGUCAUUCCAUACUCCCCAGACCAAAACACCAACACCAACACUGAUACCAAACACCACUCCGAAAUUCCUCCUGAAAGUCCGCUUGACCCCAGCGUUGGGCAUCCUUCACAGCCAGAGCCACAUCAUCCGACCCACGAGGACCCUCGAUACCCUUCCAACCCUGAUCCUAGAUACCCAACCAACCCUGAUCCCAGAUACCCAACCAACCCUGAUCCUAGAUACCCAACCAACCCUGAUCCCAGAUACCCAACCAACCCUGAUCCUAGAUACCCUUCCAACCCUGAUCCCAGAUACCCAAGCAACCCUGAUCCUAGAUACCCUUCCAACCCUGAUCCUAGAUACCCAACCAAUCCUGAUCCUAGAUACCCAACACACACCGAUCCCAGAUACCCAACACAUCCCGAUCCCAGAUACCCAACACACCCUGAUCCUAGAUACCCAACCCACCCUGAUCCCAGAUAUCAGCCAGAUCCGCGGUACCCAACACAGACAGAUCCCAGGUUCCCAAGUUACAAAGAGCGCUCGUACCAACCAGACGGUAGGUUUCCUGUUGAUUCGGCCCAAGAACGCCCAACAUACACGGAGAAUCGCCCUGCAGUCACCGCUCAGCGAAGACCACCUCCAUCUGUGCCUCAGACUCCGGCCCACCAUCAUAACAAAGGUGCAGGGCUCCACCUGAUCGCCGUGAACAGCCCUCACACCGGCGCCAUGCGGGGGAUCCGAGGCGCAGAUUUCAUGUGCUUCUCCCAGGCCCAAGCCAUCGGGAUGAAAGGAACGUUCCGCGCCUUCCUGUCCGCCAAGCUGCAGGAUCUCCACAGCAUCGUCCGCAAGAUCGACAGGGACCGUGUGCCAAUAUUCAACCUUAAGGAUGAGGUUCUGUUUGACAACUGGGAUGCCAUCUUCAACGGCGGCAAAAUGAAGGACAACGUGUCGCUGUACUCCUUCGAUGGCAAAGACGUUCUCAAUGACAACACAUGGCCAGAGAAGAUGAUGUGGCACGGGUCGACUGGCAUCGGGCAACGACAUGUGGACACAUUCUGUGAGACGUGGCGUGUGGGUGACCAGACGCUGACUGGCAUGGCGUCGUCCCUGCAGACCGGCAAUCUCCUCCAGCAGACCCCCAGCAGCUGCUCCAGCUCCUACAUCCUGCUGUGCAUCGAGAACAGCUAUGUCGGCCAAGAGAGAUAGAUACACACACACACACGUGCGACACUGGACAAAGGGAAAUCGUAAAAUUCAUGCUUAUAUCCUCUCACACACACACACACACACACACACACACACACACACACACACACACACACACACACACACACACACACACUCUCACUUUUUACCUAUCUAUGCACCUCAUGUGGUGCCUUGUAAAUAAAUGUUUUUCUAAUUAAUAAUUCGUUUUUGCUUGUAAGCCCCUCAUAUAUGGUGCUAUACAGGAUUAUCCUAUAUGGUCAAGCUCAGGUGACAUACAGUUACACAUCCUCUGGCAGCCAUACUGGAGGUCCACAACUCUGGGGCAGAAGUGGCCUUAAAAGCUGUUUGUGACGCCAAAGGUGCAGCUUUGUUGUCCUUUCUUUGCUGUUUGUGACUUAUCAGCUAGUAGUCGCUAUAAUGUCGAUUUAUAAAUGUUGAAAUGAGCUUAUUUGCUGCUAGCUAGCAACCCGGUUUAAAGGGUCAGUUCACCCAAAUUGCAUUCAAAACAUAUAUUUUCACCAGGGCUGC